AUGUGUAAAAUCUAAGAAUUUAAUCAGCCAAUUCUAAACUAAAUUUAGAAAUCUUUGGUCUUUGAUAAAAUUGAUCAACCCUAAUCGAACGGCUUUUAAAUUGUUGAUUAUUUUCAUAAAUAAUGCAAAAAUGUCUCGGAGUGGAUGUUUAACCAUGAUUAAUUGAAGUUAGAACUCUAAAAGGAACAGGAAGUAGUUGUACUGUAAAUAAAGGAUAUUGGAAAGGCGGAGAAGUUGCUUUAAAAAAGAUGA